UGCCGCUGGCCAAUGGAAAAAAAUUUUCGACACUUAUUUAAACUUAACCAAUCCAAAUUGAUUGGUGCCCGAAGAAAUUUACUUUUUGGUUGUACCAACAGAAACUUUGUACAAAUAGUGUCAUUGUAGGAAUAUCUGGCCCCAAAAUAAAAAUAUGUAAAAGAGCCCAUAACGUUUUUCCUUUGGGCUUUGAUCCUUUCUACAAAAACGAGUUUCUUUUAGUGUUUGGCCCAAAACCAAAGUACAAAAUCCAAAUCGAGAAACAGAAGGGGUAAAAUCGUAAAAGGACCAGUAUUUAAUUAGAAGAAUUAUGAAUAAAAUGGAAAAAUAAUUUCACACUUGUCAAUUGCGAUAGCAUAAAGCAUAUCUUGAGCUAAGAAAGGAUCUGAAAAAAGAGAAAAAGAGAUGCAUCUAUGGCCAUCGAAGAAUCUGAGAGAUUCCUUCAAGCUCUCAUACAUAAAGAGGCUCGAAUGGAACCACCACAGAAUGCAACAACAGAAACAGCAGCAGAAGCAGAAGCAGAAGCUUUUGGAUGAUGAGAAUCAGCAGCAGGUGCAGGUGGAGGUGGACGGUGACUCAGCAUCCCAAAACGACGGCGUUUCCUUUGCUUCCAUGUGCCAAGACCUCAUCUUGCUCCUCUCUUGCUGCUACUGUUGCUUCUGCUGCGGUGCAUGCGUUGAAGAGAAAUAAGCAGUUACUCCUUGCUGGCCUUCUAUUUGUUCAAAGUACAGGGACCAAAUUCUUGAAGCGUCUUGUCGGUUUUCUUGUAAUAUUCAGAUUACAUCAUACCAUACACUAUACAGUGUACUAAAUACAUAAUUGUGGUGUGACAAAUUUGUAAAUAAUGGGAUAAGUUUUUGUCGUUGUUGUAGCAAGUGAUCUAUUUGAUUUUUGUUUUGUUUUUAUUUUUUAAUCUUUUUUUUUUAUUUUUUAAUCUUUUACAACUUCUCGCAUUAUGCUUGAGGCAUUCCCUCGGGUUUUAACAACUUGCUUAAAUUAGUGAUAAGAAAACAACUAAUGUUCUUUUAGUAAUUAUAUAAACCAUUGAUGCCUACUAAACGCCAAUAUGUGGAGUUGAAAUCCAUUUUGGUCCCUGAAAUUUUCGACCGGCUCCAAUUUCGACCCCCAAAUUUAUAGUUACCCAAUUAACAUCCUCAAAUAUUAGAUUGUAUUCCAGGUUUGUCCCCUGUAGCUAUCUCCAUUAACGGAGAUCUGAUGUGGCACGUUAAGUUGACAAAGUGUGUAUUCACGUAGCACCCAACUUGUCAGAAUGGAUGUGUGAUGAGUGAAUGACGUGGCAAAAGUUGAAUGAAUUCAAUUUCUCUAGCAAAGUCUUGAACAUAUUGGGAAAAGAGGGUUGCAAAUUGAGUUCAUUCAACUUUUGUCACAUCAUUCACUUAUCACACAUCCAUUCUAGCAAGGUGGGUGUCACGUGGAUACACACUCUGUCAAUUUAACGUGUCACAUAAGAUCUAGAUAGCUACGGGGGCAAGCGUGGGGCACAAUCCAAUAUUUGGGGGUGUUAAUUGGGUAACUAUAAAUUUGGGGGUGGAAAUUGAGGCCGAUCGAAAAUUUCAAGGGCCAAAACGGUUUCAACUCCCAAUAUGUGUUGCAGGAAUCAAAUGUACUCACGUAUGUAUAUAAUGAGAGAAAUAUCAUUGGAUGUAAUUACACCGUUAUUUUAUAUGUUCGUGAUCUUGAUAAAGAUUCUAUAUGGAAUUCGAAAUAUUAAGGAAUAAGGACUCUUCUUCUUUUACAAAAAUAACCGAAUCUCCUAUUUAUAGACAUAGUCACAGAUAUUAACCUCAUGAUUCACAGGCUAAUGAUAUUUAUUGUGAAAAUGUAAUUAAAAAUUAGCUAAGAAUAAUGAAAAGAAAAUGUGAGAAAUAACAUAAAAUGCUUUGGUAACCUUAUGUGGUCAUUAUUUAACAUGAUAAUUACUUAACACGCAGUGGAAGCUCCUUAAAGCAUGGCUAGAGACAUGGUAAUAACUAUGCAAUGCUGUUGAAAGGGUCAGUUGGGGAUUUCAGAUCUAUUUUGCAGUUUAUGCACUGUUUUCUUUGUUGAUUACAGUUUACAAGUGCCUUAUGGUGUGCAUGUUCUUGAAGAAAUGGAUGAGAUUGUUGGACACAUUGAAGGCAGAUAUGACGUAUCAUUGGCAGACUCCACCAUGAUGUGGAUUGUGCAAUACGGCAUGAACAAAGCUCAAGAAAGGAUGAAGACGAAAACCGGAGUCAUCGAACGCUUGAAUGAGAUAUCAAAGUUCUAUGAAUUGGCAGUGAUGCAGCUUGAAGGAUGCCUCAACAUUGUUAAAGCUGGGACAGAAAACAAGUCUCUAGAAAGCAAUCAUGAAGAAGUACUUGAAGAGCUAAGAGAAAUCAAAGAUCGCCUCCAAGGUCGCCUCGAGGAAUCUGAAUUGGCCAUAUCAGAGAAGGACAGAGAGUUGACAGAGCUUAAAGAAAGAGGGCCAAUGUCUCCGUCUUCCGGCCCUGGAACUGGGACAGCUACAAGUCCAACUUAUGAGAAUGAUCAAACAACAAGAAACAAGCAUAGUAAGGGUGAUGUCCAAGAAUUAAGGACUUGUAUGGAUCAACAUAUCCAAAACAUGAAACAAAGAGUUGAAACAAAACAUGGCAAGUCAGGUGAGGCAUCACAGCGUGGCAUCGACAGGAAAAAGAUCGAAGAGAUGGGUUCAGACAUUGGAAUACUAAAGCAGACUAUGGAUCUUGCUUUUACCAAGAUGCAGAGUGCUCUUGUCUUGUGUGAGAUGAGGCCAAAGGAGAGGCAAUGGAAGUUGGCAAUUGAAAAAGAUGUUAUGUCUAUUUUGAUUAGAAGUUUCUUGAGGGAGUUUCAAGAGAAUGCUGAUGCAAAAGAGAGGAAGAAAGAGGAUCAGGUUCUGAAACAUUGGCAGGAGCAUUAUUGGCCACAAAUGAUGAAUGAGGUUACAUGUCUGCAGUAUGAACUUGCCAAUUUGAAUGAAACAUGUGCUGAGGAUUCUGACUGCUCGGCGCUUUCUUCGCCAACCAAGGCUUCCCAGGACGAAGGAUGUUUUGAAAAGCCAAGGUCUCCUAAGAAGGUGGAUGAGGCAAAGCCACCAAAAGUGGAAGAGAAUGAAGAUGGGAGUAACAUUGUUGCUAAACUGAUAAAGAGUCAUGAGUCUAUUAUUCGCAGAACGAAAGAAGAAAUGAAACUGAGUAAGCUUGGACUUGCACAAGACAAGAAGGCCUCAUCCUCCAAAAUAAGAAGGGAACGCCUCAAAGAAAGAAUCCGUGCCGUUAUAGAAAGAUUGGAUAAUCUUACAGAUAGGAAUGAUGAGAUGAGUGAAUCUUUUCGUGAAAGCAAAACGCUUCCACGGAGGAGGUUAUCCGAAAUAUAUGAGACUGAUAUAGUUAACAAGGAUACUGAUCACUGGGAAAGCACCUGGGAGAAUGAAAUUGGAGUAUUCAAUGCAGAAAAAGGACAGUUGUUAACAACAGAAAAGAGAUAUAACACAAUGGCAAGGUCAAAAGCACAAGGCAUUCAUGGUUCUGUAGGUAAAGGUAUGGUGGAAGAAUUUAAUAGUAUAUCAUAUAGUUCUGUCAUUGAGAUGCUAAUACAGGAGAGUGUUUUUAAAUGCUACUUAAUUAAUCAGUGGAAUGAAUAUACCGAAGAAAAUAUCAUUGAAAGGAAGAUUAGUGAUGAUAUAAUUCGGGUUCUCUUCUCUGAGGUAGCUAAGGAUAUCAGUUCUAAUCCAGAAUUUGCCUUAACCAAGUGCCAGUGUGGUAAAGCUGAGGAAUAUGGUGUACAAGUACAACGUUCGACGUGUAGUAACCAAGAGGAUGAAAUAGAAUGCACCAUAAGGGAGGAUAUAUGCUCGCUUAUGUUUAGGAAAACUUGUGAGGAAUUCAACACAGUAAUGGAAGGCUGUAAUGUUGACAGCACAGUAAGAGAAGAAAUAUAUUGGAUUGUUUCUGCAGAAACGAUGAAAAGUUUCGCAGAUAUAGCCAGUUAUGCUUCAAGAGAGAAAAGUGAUAACAACACCAGUCUUGUAGAUCAGUUACAAUUUAUAAUUACAGAAAGUAUUCUGAAGGAAGAUGUUAGCAUGGUUGUCUUCAAAGCCAUGCUUAAGGAGUGGAAGAAUGAGGCAGAAAACUACUACAUGGAGAACUUGAUAAGGGAGCAGAUACACCAAUUCAUAAUGGUUGAGACACUAAUUGAUGCUAUUCUGUUAUCCAUGGAAGUCAAAUCACAAGGUCAUUACAACAUAAGUGGAGAUAAUUAUCCUACUGUGAUGCUAAAUCAAGUUCUGGCAACACAAGGAGAAGAGAACAUGACCAUUGUAUUGCUAGAGUCUCUACUUAGAUGUUUUGAAGCUGGAGAGACUCUGCUGCUAUGUGCACAAUCGGAGAUCAAUGAACACAGCAAACAACUGGACUUGGGUUCUGAAUAUGGUGACCUACAUGAGCAUGAAAUAUUUGAAGAUUUGAUAACUGGGGAGGAAAGAACUUUCUUUUCACUAAAUAGCAAGGUAGAAAAUGUCUUGCAACAAUUAGGUAUAAGCAAGGCACUUCUAAGGGAGUUAGGCAGCAACUUAGGCCACAGACUAAGCAACUCAGAAAGCUUUCAUCAUCACACGUCAUCUAUUGAAGAAGAGUAUCUGCAUCCUGCUUCUUCAGUUUUCUUGCCCCUCUUGAAUCUUUCACGAACAUUUCCGGAAUUUGAGGUGAUGGUAAGCCAAAACUUACAGAUGAUGACUGUGAGAUUGGAAAAGAUGAAGUGUUGUUUAGAUUCGGUUAUUGAGUUAGUUGAUAGCUUGAGAAACAAACAAUUGCUUUACCAAAAGGCCUUCAUCAGAAGGUGCCAGAAUCUCCAAGAUGCUGAAGCUGAGGUUGAUCUUCUUGGUGAUCAAGUGGAAGAACUGCUAACAUUACUUGAGCAGAUAUAUGUAACACUUGCUCUGCAUGCACCAACUUUGCAGCAGUACUUUGAGGUCUCUAACAUUUUGGAACUAAUAAAAGCAGAACUGAUAAGAGGAGCAUCUCAGACACUUGCAAGUGUAAACUAGAGAAUAGUGACUUUAACAAUGAGUACCAAUGUAUUGUGCUCGCUAUAGAAAGUAACUGAAAAAGUGAUUGUACUUUAUAUUUUGUUUUGCAACAGUGAUAAAAGUGUAUAAUCAUUAAGAUAACAUUGUAUCAUAAUACCAUUUAUGAAUAGAAUUAAAAGUUGUAUAAAACACUUUAUGAUACAAGUGAGGGUCUCCCCAAUAGUGGAAUUAAUUACUGCAGUUUAAGUGACCUUUCUUUGAAUAGAGAAUCCAACAAAUUGUAGCGGAAUAUACAAGAAAUGAUCUUAAGAUUACAAAGGAAUGCAACAAAAGAAAGUUACAAGACCCUUUGAA